UAAUUUUUUUUUUUUUUUUCAAUCAGUCUGUUGCUGAAAACUUAAUGAAUAUUUCGUGGAAUAGAUGACUCCUGUGUAAUCCAUAAGAAAAUCGUCUUUCCAGGGGCAUUCUUCCACCAACACUUCCACAGGUCGCACCUCACAUAUAUGUAUACCCUUUUUGGAAAAUCAUCUACACGAGGCUCGCUGCUCAGCCAAACAAUAACCCAAGGCGAACACCAGAAUUUCAAUCACUACUCCAAACUUCCACCGACACCUCACGAUCAAUUCGUGCGAGGAGCCCGCUCACUUUAUUCUGAAUUUAUCAAGAAUAUUCUCACCACGCUAACUAUUUUAAUUAGUAUCACGCAUGAGAUGCUGCAUUCUUUAGAGCACACCCAAAAUACAACUCUAGACAACGUGUCGCUUGUUCCAGAUGGACCUGUCCCAUUCGAAAACCUGGAAUACACUGCUAACUCGAGUCUGUUCAUAAGUCAUCCUAAUGAAAUUCUGCGGAUCGAAGAAUUGACGUCGAAUAAAAACUCGGUAUUCGAGACUUCAGGCGCGUCGUCAGGUGGAGCUGAGCAGGAAUGUUCCCAAGCCAACUCGGACGAUUUUAGCCUGAUCUUCACCCCACUAGAGAAACUUAACGCCACCGACAAACUGGACUCUUCGGGAUCAAGCUUUCAUGAUGGACUUCGGGAUUUGGAACUCUCAGAGCAUGAAACAGAUCCGAAACAUACAGAUGAAGCGGACUUGCCACACUCACAAGAGGGCGACAAUGAACAUUUGAGUAUCUCGCACAAAGAACAUGCAUUGAACUGUUUUGAACUGCCGUCUUCACAUCCUCAUAGAAAGCCAUCAAAACGUAUACACUCGCCUCAUCAGACACCUUUAAAACAUCUGGAGAGGUCUAUACAAGUAUCUCCAAGUCCUUUCCUGGAAUUGGAAGACGGCUCCGAGUGUCAAAGUUCUUCACUAAUUGAUGACACCCAGGCGCAAUUCGACUUAGAUAUCAAUAUUGACGAGUACAAAAUCAACGUAGGGCAACGCCGAGGAUCUCCUUGGCGUAACUUUCGUUCCACAAACCUUCAUCCCAUACCAUUGCAGCAGAAAAGUGUGUUGAAUAAACGGGACUUCUCUGAGGCUAACACUGCUGGAGUGUCUUCCACGGACAGAAUCGAGGAUCUUUCUAAACAACUCACGAAUUGUAAAAUUCAACUCAAGCUUUACGAAAAGUUUCUUCAGGAUUUGAUUGACAACCAGUCAGUAAACGUUGACGAAGUUACAACAUUGCAUCUGUAUCUUGACCGCAAUACAGGCUCAGCCACGAACCCCAAUUCGUUCGAACCAACAGUGAUGAGAGACGCUUUCCCAGAGAAGGAGCUGAUAGAAAUGGCAAACUUGUUGGAAGACUUAUACGCAAGCGUGGAGGAAUAUCAGAACAAGUGGCGUGAUGCUGAUAGCAAGAUUUCGGGACUCAACUCUUCCAUGGGGGAUUUUCUGAGAGAGGUUGCUAGUAUCCUUCAAAAGCUUGGGAUCAACACUGCCAGUAUCAUUGAUAGCGAUGCGUGUGUAAACCCUGAAGACUAUCUUGAUCGAAUCUUGGAUCUACUACGUAAAGUGCAUACCACCAAUCCUUCUUCAGCGUAUACUCCGGCCAAGUCAACCCCCGUCCGGUCCAGAAGCCCAUCUGGCAUUGAAGAGUAUCGGGAUUUCUCUUCCAUAAGGUUGCCCAUUCGGAAACAGGAAAGCGGUUUAUCUGAAUUUGGCAGUAUGACUUCAACGCCCCACAAGUCCGAUCUGAGAACAAUCGCUGAUGGAAGUAUCGACAUUAAGCUCCAAGAGUAUCAGGCCAUGAUCGACGGUCUUCAAAAGGAAGUCAACGAGCUCAAGAGCCAAAGCCGUAUGGGCUCGGUUUCGGAUCUAAGUGAUCAUACAUUCUACACUCACAGAUCCCGAGACAGGGAAAAGAUGUUUCACUUGAAAAAGGAGUACGAAAACCUACAAGAAGCGCAUCAUGAACUUAUCAACGAGCAUCACGGGUACAAAAAUUCCCUGGAGCGGACCGUCGCUUCACUCCGGGCCCAGUUGGAAAAUCUUCAGAAAGACAAGCAUAACCUCCGCUCGGAAUUGACGGGCAUGAAGUGCAUUCAGCGAGAUUUGGAGGUAUCCGUGGAGAAGCAACGGGUUCUCACGGCAGAAAAAAUCAAGCUUUCGUACCAGGUGGAAUCCCUCACCCAGGAUAAGGUGAGCAUGCAAAAAACCCUUGAAACCUUCAGCGAGAAAUUUUCAGCAGUUUCAGAAAAGAACACGCCUAGCGUCGACGCACUACGCAAAAGGGCCAACCAUUCGUCUGAUCUCCUAGACCAUUUGUUUGAGUUGGACGUCGAGGAAUUCGAGAAGCUUUUGAAGUCAUUCAACAAGAUUGCAGACGACGACUCGCUUGAGGACCCGAGGAAGAAGAUCGGCCUUCUUCUGCAGUACAAAGGGACCAGGAUUUUAGAUCAGCCGGGAAAGGCCAUUCUGUCGAUGCGAGACGCGCACAGAGCGGUGUUCCAAUUCUUUUCUCGUGCGGUGGACGUCAUUGUCAACGACCACAUCCGGCUUCUUUUGAAGGAAAGCGAGUUGAAGAAGAGCCACGAUCUGCGCGUUGCUGAACUCAACACCCAAAUCAGGGUUUUGGAGGAGCGCAACAGGCAAAUGAGCGAGCGCCCUGAAUACGUGCAUUCUCCUCGACUGAAACUACGAAUCGAGGAGCUCACCAGCCGCUGGAAAGCCGAGCGAGAGGCAAGAAUACUUGAAAAUAGACAGGCCGAGAAGCGGUUGCACGAGUUGGAGCAGGAGGCGAAAACGAACACCUGAUCACUUGUCCUGGUGCACAUGGUUUGCAGCCGGUCCGCACCCAAGUGUGUUGCAGCAUACCAACAGAAUGCACCCUUUUUUGAUUUGUUUUGCUUUUUUUUUUUUCACGCAGACUAAAGAAACAAGCCCACGAAUAUUCCCUGAAGAUAUACAUGGAUCC